AUUUGCCAUGGCUCCUGUGGCUUCCUUUGUCGGCGGCCUGUGGCCCGGGCGACUGUACAUCCAUGUCCGCCAUGUCCAUGGUUCAAACCAGGCUUCAUUUGGAGCCACACCCCAAACCAUGGGAAGUGUAUGACUACAUCACAGCCAAUUACCACAAGGCAGGUGUCAUCUUGACAAAGAAAAUUCACACUGCAAUGUUCAAAAUCUUGGGAGCUGGAGAAGAUGUCAUGGGCCAACUGGAAUACCCAUGCUACUACGACACUAUUCCUGCGUGCUGGAAUGAGGAGGCUCCUAUCAUCUUAUUCACCGAUGGCUUUAAUGCCUCUUGGAAGGCUCAUCCUCGGAGUAAACCAUUACUGGUGGCAGGCUCUGUUCGGGACCCGCUACAGAUGGUGGCAUCUGCCUAUUGCUAUCAUCAUGAAGGCAAGGAAAUGAGGGAAUUGAUGCCCGUGCUGGAAUUACCUUUUCUAGGACCUGAGGAAGGUACGUCACUGACCGCAGAAUACAUGCUCCCUAUCGUUGAGUCGAUGGCCAGCAUUUUCGUUGAGCCUGACAACAACACACUUCGUUUGAAGUUUGAAGAACUCACGGAGACCUCAGAGGGCUUUGAUCGUGGAGUAGGCCUUUGGCUUGAUCACUUCUUUCCAAAUAUGAUUUCCACAGAGCAACGUGAAGCCAUUCUCGAGGCUGUAAAGCAAUUUGACGAAAAUCGCAACCCUGCUGACGACUACAAUGUGUUCAACUCCUUGAAUACGACGAAGCACGGCAGUGAUCCAGCCUGCAAAGAGAAAGCGAGUGAAGCCGUAUUGAAGAUAGAGACAUCACUCUUGAAGAGAUUUCAGGAAUUGCAAAUGAGGCUGGGAUAUCCUGUAAAUGACCUAGGUCACGAAAAUUGAAGCAUGUCUCGACCCGAAAAUUGCUGUGCAAAAGUGGUGAAAUUUCCAGCUGGAGAAUGCUGGAGGCAUGUUGACACUUGACACAGCCACGAUGUUACAGGAUUCAUUCAUUUGGCAUCAUUUGGCAUCAUUUGGCGAUAUG